AGAGAGCAAGCAAAGCAAGCAAGGAAGGAAGGAUGUUCUACUCGCACACAAUCUUGGCUCGGAAGGGCCCAUUGGGAACCGUAUGGUGCGCAGCCCAUCUGCAGCACAGACUCAAGAAGUCCCAUUACGCCGCCACCGACAUCCCCUCCACCGUCGAUCGCAUCAUGUUUCCCGAGGUUCCUAUUGCACUCAGAAUGUCAGGGCACCUCCUACUAGGGGUUGUUCGGAUUUACUCAAAGAAAGUCGAGUAUCUUCACCAGGACUGUAACGUUGUAUUGAAUGGCCUCAAAAAGGCCUUUGCUUCUAUAGACCUGAGCUUGCCAGAGAACGCAAUGCAAGCACCGCUUCAGUCUAUCACUUUGCCUGAAACAUUAUGCCUUGAUGCUUUGGAUUGCGGUCCCGACUUUGAUUAUGACGGGGCUCACAAUGAUCAUCUAGGGAAUCAGGAGGAUAUCACGUUAACAGAACAAUUUCCCAUUGCAACAAACCCUUAUGUUGCUAUAACUUUUGACGAGGAUAUCCGGAUGGAGGAUCUAUCGCAUCAAAUAGAGGAUUUUGGUUCACAUGUUACCCCUAUGGAUGUGGACACCAUCCCCCCACAUCCGGAACAGGGUACUCAUAGUCCGGUCAAUCUGACAGAUGAACGAACAAGACAUAAUGACGAGGUAAACCUUCAAGGUUCUCAAGGAAUUUCUGGUGUUCCUAGUCCGACAGACGAACAACGGAGGCCUAGCGAUGAUUUUACCCUUCCAGACUGUCCAGAAAAGGAGACUCAGAAGGAUUUUGGAUGUCAAGAUCCUGGACCAAGUCAGCCUACAGAAAUUCUUAAUUUGAGUCAUAGAGACAACAGUUCCCCUGAAAAUGUUCCAGAAAUAGAAGCUCAACGCAAUGCAGUUUCUGAUAUUAGCUCAGAAACCUUUCCAUUUGCUUCCAGUCAUAGGAAUGAUGUUACUGAACAACAUGACCCACCAACAAAUGAGAAAGCCAUUCUUUCUCCAAUUAUGGAGGGAAGUAUACAUUCUGUUGGGCCAUCUCCAGCGGUCCAGCCAAGUUCAGAAACACUAGCUUCUGUUGCUUCUUUGUCAGAGGACCGACAGAAUAUUAAUACAUCUGUUUCAGUUGCAAUCCAAUCAACACCUCGUAUUGAACAGCCACCUCUUGAACAGCCACUUAUUGAGCAGCCAAGACCAAGGAAAAGAAAAAAGCAGUACUUUGAUGAUCCUGUUGUAUUAUCUAAUAAGUUUAUUGGGAAGAGACUUAAAGAUGCCAGUGAUAUAAUCCGCAAAAGGAAGAAACUUCCGUCCUCUGCAUUGGGUAUUUGGAAGUUGAAAAACGUUUUAAGAAAGGAACAAGUGUUCCUUCAGCCUUCAUUAACCGGGUUGUGCUCUGAUCUUAGUAACAUUUAUGACAAAACAUACAUAUCUACAAAAUCCCAUUUGUUUGAGGAAGCUCUUCCAGACCCUAGGCCAACGUCUCCUUCUCCCACAACCGAAGUGGUCUCAGAAGAUGCGGCUGCAGUGUCUCCUCUUCCUCCUUUCUCUCCUGUUACAAUUGAUGUCUCCCCAGAGCACAGAGUUGGAGACUCUGUCCCUGCCAAUGAAUCUUCCCCAGUGAAGGGUCUACAAUCCCCUUCUUCUCCUGCAACUGGGUGUGGCCAAGACGCUGAACAAUUUAGAGGUGUUGAACAUGAUGGGGUUUUGCCCGAUUCGCCUACAAUCAAGCGUUCUCUGAUGAUAGAUGACUUUACUCCUGCCCCAUCACCAAAAGUGGGAUCAGCUUCAGUUCAUUCAUUUGAAAUAAAUACUGGAACUCAAAUACUGCAGACACCAGAUUUACAAGUGUCAACUGGAUCUGAAUUUGGAACACCGACAAUGUUAGGAGAGGGGGUACAUCCUGAUUACACUGUUCCUUCACAUAACCCUGUGUCAAUGACUGCAGAAGCAGAAGAUCUUUGGUUUCUGGAAGCAGAUGAUCGUACACCAGCUGGUUCUCAAGGGACAGAAGGAGUUGAUUCAUUGUCGGUCAGAACCAGGGCUGUAGCUCAAUAUUUGAAAAGCCAAUCUCCAGAAGACCUAUCCAGUGAUCUCAGCUUGAACAAAAUUUUAGAAGGAAAAAGAAGAAAGCUAUGUGCUCGAAUGUUCUUUGAAACACUGGUCUUGAAGAGUUAUGAUCUUAUUGAUGUAAAACAAGAAGUUCCUUAUGGUGACAUUAGUCUGAAGUUGACUCAAACCCUCUCAAAGGCUCAAAUCUAAGAUGAUCCGAGGUUGAUGAUGUGCUUUUGGCUUUCACAUAUAUAGUUUUGCAGGAAUUGCCAGGUCACAGAAUAAAGAAGGGAGCUCAGGAGUUUGUACAGCAAUUGCAAAGAAAUUUUGAUCUUAUAGAGAAGUUUAGUCCACAUGUGUAGUUAGUAGAGGUUGUGGUAAAUUAUUCUUAUCAUGUUCUAGUGAAUCCAGUUCACCAUAUAUAAAUCUAUAAAUUGUUCCGCACUUUCGCAUAUCUAAUUUAUAUAGAAAAUGGCAAAUUUAUUAGGUAUUUUCAUCGAACUUUUGUACCUU